AUGAUAUUUAUUGUUCUCACCCUUCUUUUGGGAGGGACCCAAUCACAAGGAUGUUAGCCCUAUGGAAUUAGAUUAUUUUUAGGGCAUUACUUUAGUUAUUUGAGAAAUACUUAGGAUGUCAUUCGAAUAGUUUUCAAUACUGAAGUAUAAUACAUAUUUUGAUAAUUUCUAGAAAGAAUGCAAAGGUUAGUUUGUUCUUGAGUUGAUGGAUAACAAAACAGGAAAUCAAGUAAUGACAUCCUAAAUCACAUAUUAUGAUACUCAAUUAUUAAACAUGACAUAAAUAUAUGAAAAGAAUGAGACUACUCAUUAUAAAUAUGAAACAUUUAUUCACACAUUUAAGGUAGGCUUAAAUAACAUAGACAUCAAAGUAUCAACUUCUUAUAAUUACACUAUUGUUUCCAAAUAAAAUUCAAUAUUAUCUGGUCCAUAUAAAUUUGAUAUUCCUUUGGCAUAAAACGAAUAAAAAUUACUAGUGUUUGGAGAUAUGGACUCUAAUUGGGUUUAAAAUUAUUCUAAAGACACAUUUAAUUGGUUAGAAAAUUAGGUAAACUCGGAUAAGCGAUACGAUUCAAUCAUAUUUACAGGAGAUAUGGCAUAUGAUUUAGAAACAAAUAAUUGUUAACAGGGAGACAAUUGGUUAAGAAAUCUUUCGGUAUUUACCAAUAGAUAUCCCUUUAUGGCAGCUCCAGGAAAUCACGAUACAGGAAAGAAUACUUUUUAUGAUUUCUUCAGAGCUAAUUUUGGCGCUUUAUUUUUAACUGAAUAUAACACCUAAAGUUAUCUUAAUGAUUUCUUUAGUUUUGAUGUAGGAAUGGUGCAUUUUAUAUAAUAUAAUCCAAUAAAAGUAGUUUAUCAAAAUGAUAUUGAUAACGUCACUCCUCUUAUAGUAGAACAAAUGAGAAAUGAUUUAAUUCACGCAAAUUAUAAUCGAGACAAAGUGCCUUGGAUCAUCGUGUACACUCAUUAUCCAAUAUAUUGUUCGAAUCCCCAAAGCGAUCAAUGCUUAAACAAUUUUAAAUAUUUAUCAGAAUUUGAAGAUUUGUUUGUAAAGUACAAGGUGGAUAUGUAUUUGAGUGGACAUGUACAUACCUAUUAAAGAAACAAACCAUAUUAUAAGAAUAAUAUUGCAAUGUACAAAUAACAAGGUAAUAUCAUCUCAGAAUAUUAAUAUCCCGUAUCGAUAAUUGAAGGAGUUGCAGGUACAGAUUUUGGGAAAUAAAACGAAACUUUUCCAGAGGCAGCAUUUAUGGAGAUUCAGAAUCCGAAUCAUGGAGUAGGAAUAAUUACAGUUAAGAACUCAACACAUUUAUAUUAUGAACAUAUAACUGUUGCAGAUAACAAAGUUAUAGAUGCAAUAUGGUUAGAUCGUUCUAUUGAUACUACUAAGAUAUCAAAUCAUGAUGGUUUUGAGAUUGCUAUGUGGGUAAUUUUCUCUGUUUUGCUGGUCAUUACUGGCGUUUCUAUCUAUUAUAAGUCAAAUUAAGGAAAGAAAAGCAAAAAGAAACUAUUGGAUGAAACAAUAACUAUGGUGGUCAGUUGAAUUUUUAUGUAAUGAUUAUUUUAUUAAAUAUUCUUAUAUAAUUCUAAGAAAUUGAAGGAAGAAUCUGCAAUCCUUAUGGUUUCCGAUAGUCUUUGGGACAUUAUUAUUCAAUUUUAAAUUACUAAUCAGACGUCAUUAGAAUAACAUUCAAUUCCGAGGUAGGACAUACUACUUAGAAAAAUAGGGUCCUUGUAAAUCUGCAUUCAUAGUUCUUUUGGAUAAUUAUACAUUUUACGAAUAUGAAACUAAUGUUAUCUAAACAACUGGGAUGUCAUUUUGCAAUACUUAUCAUUCCUUCUCUCACACCUUCUAAAUUGGGACCAAAUACUUACGAUAAAAUAAUCAAAGCAAUUAUUAUGUCCAAGAAGGCAAAUCUAUAUAUGGUCCAUUUAUGAUAUAGUAUGCAGGGUUAUGGAAUCCAAGUAGAUUCCUUGUGCUAGGUAACAUGGAUUCACAGUGGAAACUAAACAAUUCUUAACAUACAUUCGACUUCCUAGAAAAUUCUGCGAAAAUUUAUGAAUAAUUAGAUGGAAUUAUUUACUUAGGAAGUAUGGGUUUUAAUUUAGAGGAUGAGAAUUGUUUACAGGGUGAUUAUUUUCUAAAGAACAUUUCGACAUUUACCUCACAUUACCCUUUUAUGAUAGCUCCAGGGAAUUAUGAUGCAGGACAAUCAAAAAAGUUUGUUUUUAUAAAGUAAUAGUUUAAAAUGCCUAUUAUUUCAGAUUACAAACUUGAUUUACUUGAAUUUUAUAGUUUUGAUGUUGGGUUUGCUCAUUUCAUUUAGUUCAAUCCCUUCUAAUAAAUAGUUCUAGAUAUUUAGGGACAGAAAAUCCUGGAUCUAAUUGAUGAAGACUUAAGAAGAAAUCAAAAACCUUGGAUUAUAGUAUUUACUCAUUAUCCCUUGCAAUGUUUUGGAAUUUCUUAAUGUCAGUUAUUCACUAACAAAUUACAAGAGUUAAUCACCCUAUUCAACAAGUAUUAAGUUGAUCUAGUAUUGUCCUCUUAUGCCAAUAUUUAUUAAAGGUAUAUGCAAAGCAAUCUCAACUCAUUUAUUCAAGUGAUUGAAGGAAUAAGUGGGAAUGAUAUGAAUUGGGAUAAUGUCUACUUGAAUUCAUCGGAAAUUGCAUUUCAAUCUCAAGAGAUAGGUUUUGGAGAAUUGAAAAUUCAGAAUGAAACUCAUCUCUUGUACUAGCACAAACUAUCUAAGAAUAAUUAAAGCAUUGAUGAAUUCUGGAUUAUUAAGUAGAAUAGGGAAGAAAUUUCUCAUUUUUUCAGAGUUACAUUAAUUUUAAUAAUGAUUACUUUUAUUUCGCAAUUAUUUGUAAUAUAUAGAUGUGUGAGAAGAGAAAAGUUAUAGAGGAAAUUUUAGAUGGUUAGUGAAUGA